AUGCCAGUCUACCAUAUCGUCCUCUUCCGCCUUAAGCCUGGUGUCACCCCGGCUCAGAUCGCUGCCUGGAAGGAGGCAUCCCAGGGGAUGGUUGGGAAGAUACCUGGGCUGCAAUCGAUUCAGAACGGUGCCCCACUGCCGAUUUCCAUUCCCCGUGCCAAGGGCUUCGACAUGGGUCUGGUUGCUGUGCUAGAGACGGCUGAGCAUGUUACCACCUAUGCGAUACACCCGGCUCACCUGGAGGUUCAUAAAAUGCGGGAGGAGCUCUGCGAGGAUACUUUGGCAUAUGAUCUAGAAUUCUAG